AUGAAGCCUGCUGACCGCGAGUGGCACGAUGGCACCAUACUUGUCGAGGGCGGCUCGCUGAAAGAAUGCCUCGAGCACCCCGAGGACACGUUCCCUGACGCCGAGUUCCCCCCCCAUCUCAGUGCCGAGCAGCGUACGGAAAUAUUUAAUUCAUGGAUCACGCAGGUGUAUCUAUCGCACGGCCAUCUCGACCACGUGUUUGGCCUCGUCCUUGCGUCUGCAAACCUUCGCAUCCAGCGCCCUGUGUACGGCCUUCCCGACACGCUCAAUACCUUGCUGGGUCUUUUCAAUGGCCGCCUCUGGCCGCGGCUGGCCUCGUACAAUGCAGAUGACCCUAUGUCUCUGUAUCAUUUGCGCAGCCUGGAGCUGGAGCAUCCGCUCUCGGCCGCGCCUGAUGUAACUGUCACACCCUACCCCGUAUCGCAUGGUGCGUCGCGCCUCACGGACGGCGUACCUGUGUUCCAUGAUUUGUUCCACAUCCCGUCUCCCUCACCGCUUCCCUGUGCGCCGCUCGACACUAUGUCUACGACGGUGUCCACAGCCUUCCUUUUCCGCAACCACCGCGUGGAUCGCGACGUGCUCUUCCUCGGCGACGUCGAGCCUGAUACGGUCGGGCACUCUAUGGCAAAUACAGAUCUUUGGUCCAAGGUGGCGGGCCGUAUGGCGCAGGGUAAACUGAAUGCUGUCUUCCUCGAAUGCAGCUACGCCUCCGAGCAGCCGAACCACCUUCUCUUCGGACACCUGACGCCGAAGCAUUUGUAUGCGGAGCUGGCGACCCUGGCUCGCCUGGUUGCACGAGAGCGCUGCGGUGACGAGACCAAAACAGAGAACAUGCUACAUGGCCUCAAAUGCAUUGUGAUCCACAUCAAAGGCAUGGUUUUAGCUGCUGAUCCUAAUUUUUCCUGUUGCCAGCCUGUGCAGCGGCGGCGGGAGGCGGCAACGUUGCCCCUCCCUAUCCAGUUGGUUCAAACCAUCGAAAAAGAAUUGCACGACUUGGAAUCGGAACAGAGGCUGGGCGUGGAAUUCAUCAUCGCUCAACGCGGACAGCGGAUUGGUGCGUACCAAAGCUACUAA